UUUUUUUUUUUUUUUUUUAAAUCACAAGGGCGUGGGUCAGCCUCCCCUAGGACUUCAUGUCUGUAUAUUUCCCCAUUCACUGCCCUGACUAUCUGAGAUCGGCUGAGAUGGCUGAGGUCAUGAUGAACACCCCAUCCAUGGAAGAGAUUGGCCUCAGCCCCCGGAAGGAUGGCCUUUCCUAUCAGAUUUUUCCAGACCCGUCAGACUUCGACCGUUGCUGCAAACUGAAGGACCGCCUGCCCUCCAUCGUGGUGGAGCCCACAGAAGGGGAGGUGGAGAGUGGGGAGCUCCGAUGGCCCCCCGAGGAAUUCCUGGUCCAGGAGGAUGAGCAGGACAACUGUGAAGAGACAGCGAAAGAAAAGAAGGAACAGUAGAGUCCCUGCAGGCUCGCCCGGGUCGUGCCAGCCAGCAUACCUGAACUGUUUUUCCCAUCGUGAUGGAAGAAGAGAGUGAGCCACAAUCAUUCUGAAAAAUGUCAAAUGAGGCUUCCGGUUUGCACCUGAAAAAUCACCAAGUCCGUUUUCUUUUCUUGUCUUUUUUUUUUUUUUUUUUAAAUUCGUUGAGCAAUGGAGCCCUCUGACAACUUGCAAGGCUGAGAGAGGAAGCUGCUGAGAACAGGGGUGGGGGUGGGGGUGUGGGAAAGGGGUGCUGCUUCUGAGAUCCCUAUCUGAACUCCAGUGCCAGAGGCAGUGUGUGUAUGGUGUUGGGGGUUCUGGCUGUGGGGGAGCGGGGUGAGCAAAU